AUGUCCACAACAACCGCAAGCUCCACGCCAGAUCCAGAUCCAAACCCAGAUCUAGACCCAGGCGCACAGUCAGGAGGAUUCACACUCUCCGACAUCCCGCCAAUAUUUGUCCUCCCAACACACCUAACCCUCGAUGCGCUGCACCAAGCAGAAGAAAUUCUCAUCCAGCACGGCGCACGCUUAACCUACGAUGUCUCAGAGGCAACACUUAUCCUCGGGAAAGUCGGACAGAAGAAGCGCGCAGCGCUGGAGCUACGGUCGCGGGGAAUCUGGACAGAGGAGGUGGCGCCUACACCUACACCUACACCUGAGCCUGGAUCAGCGGUAGAACCGCCCGUGAAACGGAGACGGAUAGGCACAGCAACAAACGCGGCGGCCGCAGAAGAGGUAUACCUGAGCACAGAGGAUGAGAGCGAGGAAGACGGGGUUCGUGGCCGUCAGCCUGCAGCGCAAUUGAAGCAUCCACAGCUGACGACGUCGGAAAGGACAGUACCGAGCGCGUCACAGUUUCAGAAGGAUAAGAACAAAGGGACAAUUAGAGUUGUGCGACUGGAGUGGUUAACAGAAUGUGCUGAGGCGCAGGAGUUUCUAGCUGUUGAUCCGUUCAUGGUUUAUUGCGCGCGCAAGAUAGAGCGACCGGCGACGAAGAAAGAUAAAGAUACUGCGACUUCGCAGGCUAUACUUGAUAGAGCGAAGCAGGAUGCUUCGUUCAAGGUGCCGUUCUCGACGACGACGACGAGUCCCAGGAGCAGGCAGCGGGAUGCAGUAUCGUCUGGUGGUUCUAGCCAGCGUCAGCCGCCAAAGCUGUAUCGGACGACGACGUCUGAGAAUGAGGAAGCGGAGCCGUUGCCUCCUCCGCCGGAGUGGGUUCAGAAUCAUGUCUUAUAUGCAUGCAUGCGGUCUGCGCUCCUGGAUACGCCCAAUGAGCGUUUCAUCCAGCAGCUCAUUAAGAUAAGGACAAUCCGUGAACUCAAUCUCGACGAGAUAGGCGUAAGAGCAUACAGCACAGCCAUCGCAACAAUCGCAGCCUACCCGUACGAAAUCCGGCGUCCAUCACAAGUCCUCUCCCUGCCUGGCUGCGACCACAAGAUCGCGAACCUCUUUUCCGAAUUCAAAUCCACAGAAAACGGCACCCUUGCCGCCGCAGAAGCACUCGACAAAGACUCUGACCUCGUCACGCUCAAUCACUUCCUCAACAUAUGGGGCGUAGGCCCCAAAACGGCCCGAGACUUCUACUACGCACGCCAGUGGCGCGAUCUCGAUGAUAUCGUCGAACACGGCUGGAAUAGCCUCUCGCGCGUGCAGCAGAUCGGCGUAAAAUAUUACGACGAGUUCCUGCUUGACAUCCCACGAGACGAGACUGAGUCCAUUGCAAACACAGUACGCAAGCACGCCAAUGCCACCCGGCCCAAUGCGUCCUACGACGGCCGCGGCGUCGAAUGUAUCAUCGUUGGAAGCUACCGCCGCGGCAAACCCGUCUCGCACGACGUCGACCUCAUCCUCACCCACCGCGACGAGAGCAUCACGCACAAUCUUGUCGUUGACGUCGUUGCAUCCCUCGAGGAAGAGGGCUGGAUUACACAUACCCUAGCCCUGCAUUUGACCACUUCGAAUCGUAACCAGCAACCCUUGCCCUACCGCGGCGACAGCGAUGGGAAAAACCACUUCGACUCGCUCGAUAAGGCCCUCGUCGUGUGGCAGGACCCUACGCCAACCCACCAACCCAAGGAGAGAACAAAUAAUAACAACAACCCCCACCGCCGCGUCGACAUUAUCAUUUCCCCCUGGCGAACAGUGGGGUGCGCCGUGCUCGGCUGGUCCGGUGACACGACCUUUGAGCGGGACUUGCGGCGGUACGCGAAGAAAUCGCGCGGGUGGAAGUUUGAUUCCAGCGGGGUGAGGGAGCGCACGACUGGCGGGCAGGUUAUUGAUCUUGAGCAUGGGGGUGAGACCUGGGAGGAGCGAGAGAGGAUGGUUAUGGAGGGAUUGGGGGUUGGGUUUAGGCCUGCUGAGGAGAGGUGUACCCGCUGA